AUGGCAAUGCAAAAACCCCUAGAGCGAUAUCCCCUGAUAUCGCAGCUGUGUAAUAUUUUUGGCACUGAUUCGACCCAGCUGGAGUCUGCCAUAGCUGCUGCUGAGCAUAGUGAAAGGAGUUGUUUUCUUCGCCUGGAUGCUCACGUCUGUUUCUCCAAAACGUCCGAGGCCAACGACGACCAGAAACCCCUAAUUCUGGGCUGGAUUGACCUUCGAAACGGUCAGACUCUGGUCACUCCUGAGCCAUCUCCCGGCCCUGAGCUUGAAGAUCAGGACUUAGCACACACCAGAAGCCAUGAAAAUAGACCAAACACCGUGCUACACUGUGACACUUCUAAACCGGCUGAGCCAAGUCAUCCCACGCAAAGAGACGAGUAUGAGGGCCGAAAACGCCGCAAGGUUGUCGGUGGCCUUCGACUUCGACCUCGAACUUCCUAUUCCCGAGAAAAUGGUCAUGAUUCAAGCUCAUAUUCAAACUUUCAAACGGAGCCAGUUCGCCAGCUGCUGAGCGAAACGAGGUUCCCCCAGCGGAGUCACUCGAAGCAGGCUUCUCGCGCGACAGGCGAGCCGUCGUCCGUCGACAAGCUCAUCUCCGGGAUAUGGCGGCAACUCCAUUCAAACACGGAGUUGAAUUGGUCUGCAUUGGCCACACAUGCAGCAGUUGGUGUCAGCGGUGAGGCUACUGCGAAGCUGUUCAAGGCCGUCAGCAACCUCUGUCUUCGACAAUCCAACAAGACUCAGACGGCUCGCGCCCUAGAGAUGAUCGUACAGGCUUACUGGAUUGAUUGUUAUGAAGCCCGCUUAAAGUCUAUCCGCCUAGAGAGGCCAACUAGCUCUGCCUCGGAAACCCGAAUAACUGCUCUGAAAGAGGCUUGCUCCGCCCUCGGAUGGGGAGAGAAAGAACUCCGAAAUAAAAUGGCCAUUUGGAGGGGUUACAAGGAGAUCAAAGAUGCUGGUGGCUGGGCCAGUCUCGUCUUUGCUAGCUCUGGCGUAUAUCGCUUCUGCAAAUAUCGAACACGAAGAGACGAUGGUCUAGCUUCGAGAUUACAACAGCUGAGACCGGCAGUUGAACUUGCCGCAGACACCCUACAUCCACAAUGGCGAGAGCUGCUCAACGUUAUCGGCCAAGAAUCUGCGACUCUCUACAAUGGACAUCCACAUGAGUGGGUUAUCAUGCCGAAUAGAUCGGUUCAGCAUAUAUCCUUAACCUAUCGUCACAUCCAAGCAGAAGUUUUGUUCAAGUUCAUCGACGAGUCUAUUAUUGAUCGCGGCCUUUUUGGUGAUAGCGAUCCACGAUAUACACCUGGCAUUGACCCAAAUACUUGUCAAGUCUGCGGACAGCUUCAGUCCGACGAUACGACACUUAAUCGAUGUGCUUGUUUCCCUGCAUUGUUCGGGGCUCCUCGAAAGCCAGUCCCCAUCCAGAUCUUUCACACUACAAAUGGCAAGAAUAACGGUGUCGUUGCUCGCUGUGAUCAUGAGCGGGGAGCUGCAAUAGCGGAGUUUGUCGGGCUCAUAACGAAUGGGAUUGAGGGCCUAGAUGUAAUGGCGGGCGGUUCAAAGACCCGGGGGUAUCAAAUAUUUCAGGGGCAGAUGGGCAACUUUACUCGCUUCAUCAACCAUUCUUGCCACCCAAACAGCCAGUUUCAGAAAUUUUUCUGGCGCGGCAGAGAGCAUAUUAUCGUGGUCUCCCGGGGCAUACUGGCCGGGCAUGAAAUCACGGUGGAUUACUCUGAUCACUAUUGGGAGCGGUUGGAUAAGCUGUCGAUUUCCUCAGCAAAAGGUUGCAAGACGAAUAUCUAG